UUAUUAGAGGUUCUGAUUACUACUUUCGCAGUUGUUUUAGUAUGUGCUGUUUACUAUUUCCGUGCAGUUAAUUGAAUUGACCAAUCAAAAGUGUCUAUUCCUACAUUUACUACUUUGGUAGUAAACGUCUCGACCAAUCAAAGAGCUUCCCGUGCGCAGACGGUAAUUUAGAAUCGCCGCCAUUUUUUCCCGCUUCGAUUUUUUCCAAGACGCGCAACAGCAUUUAGAUGGAAAAUCAUUUAAGAGCAUGGGGGAUGGAGGAGCUCAUUCCAAUAUUUGAAGGUAAGAAUAUCUGUAGCACCUGAAGAAAGAAAUAUAAAUAUAUAUUUAUCGAUCAAUACUGAAAAAAAUCAUGAUUUCUGUCAGCCGUGUUCAAGUUGCGCACCCGCCGCCGCCAUUGCGACGGACGCGCUAUAGGAAAUUUUUUCGGCCUUCAAUAAUCCGAAAUCAUCUGGUCUGGUUAUGGAAUUAUAGCGGCAAAACAUAUCGGAAAAUGUUUUAGAUGAUAUUUGGGAUUAUUUUUCGCCACUAACAAGGCAAAUCGGAGAGACAAAGUUAGGAAUGGGGACUUAGAAAAAUAGUAUACAAAUUCAAAUAUCCCGCCAAAGAAUGUCGUCAUCAAGAACAAUUCAGUUCAAUUUUUCAAGUCAUGGUGGCGCAGCAUCCACUCAGAACUGACAACAUCCGGCAUUUCCGGCGUAGAUUUUACAUUUUGUGCAAUUGUUUUGUGGCGUAGCUAAUCAGUGGCUAAUAACUGCAUGAUUUGAUAGACAUACAACCGAAUAAGGGCGAUAUAUAUUCGUCAAAUACUUGGCGUAUUCUGACACUACCGUAUUGUCGCCCUGUCAGCACUGACACUGACACUGUGGCUGUGGUGGUGUUUUGACUUCGAGACUUGACGAGAGUGUUUCGCUUCGGCCUUUUUUAGGCCUCGUAGUAGCUCAGCCUAUCAUCAUCAUUGACAUUCAUGACAUUGGGAACCGACAAAGAUAGAUUGACAAGUUUUCCAGGAGUUAACAAUCUCAAGCUGGCUACAUUGCUGUACGUGUCAUGACCAGUCAUCAUGGUCAUGCCAGUGACACCCUGACAUGUUAUUGACAGAGAUACAACAGCCACUGGGCUUAGUCAACAACCGGAGAUAGAGACGAAAAAUCGUGGAACAACGUCUAGGAAAUCCAAUCAUACCGGCAGCCGCAAGGGAUGAACCGCCCUGACGCUCAAAUUGAGACAGGAAAACGCCGGCGUAUCUCAACGAUUUUGUGUAAUCAACUGACACUCGUUCAAACGAAACGUAUCGAUACUCAAUGCUAGAUAAACGUUUAUUUUAAUACUUGCGAUAUAUAUACACGUGUAAGCCAGUACUAUAGAUCUAGGGUCAGAAUAAUACCCUGUACUGAGCUCAGAGUUCAGGUUGUCUACCCUGACUCUGUUAUAGUUUGUGUGUUCUCAUGGUUCAGAUGGUCUACAUGUAGCUGUGUUUUGAGACUCGUUUAUGGUUAAUUGCGUUUUAAAAGCAACCUCCAGGUUUUGAGGUCUGUAUUUGAGGACAAUUGUUGCCUGUUCUUUAUUCCUGGUUAUAUUCUGGACAAUUGUAAUUUCAUUCAAGUUAUUUUGUGAAUUCUCAAUAGUAAUUUGCAUACUGAGUGAUAUUUUGAUUCUAAAAGACUGGUGUUGCAUAGGACUGAACAUUAUACUUGAGGACUUUCAUUUCAAACAUAAGGAGGGAUAUACAUCAUGACCUCACACGCUGUAUCUUGGUCGAGAGAACAUGGCGAGAGAAGUGUCAAGUGCAUUCCCAUAUCAAUCGGUCAAAUAAAUCCAUAAUUAUACAUUGAACAUACGUCCUUCAAUGUCAAUGAUAUUCUAGUUCUACAAUCUCACAUUACUGAAAAGUUGCGGUCUAUCUAUAGUCUAUUGAGUGGAAACACUGAAAUCUGGUGAACAUAAUAAGGCCUUUCUCACCCCACAGUCUGAGACUAGAUUUGCUUUGUUGGCCAUUUUCUCGGUGAGGCAGGAGGUGCUCGGAGAGGUUGCAGUUGAUUCCACAGGGUGUUUUUGAUAACCAAAUUCUUGUCGUCAUGUUGGGCCCAAGACCUAAAAAAACAUUCAGUCUAAAGUCAAGACAAUGCAGUCCUGAUCUUGUCCUUAAUAUCAAUUCAAUGGACUCUACAUAAGGAUUUCUGUAAAUCAGUUUGCCAGACCAGUUUCAAUGUGAGCGCCUAGUGUGCAUAAGGUUGUAAUUCAAAUUCAGUGUAGCCCAAUGCUUUUUACAUGUACUCAACUGCUACCGGAGAUGGAAACCUUUUGGUUUGUGGUGAGCCUAUGCAACCAUGCUUUGAUCUUCCUUGUAUUGAAUUGUGACACAUUGUUUAAGUCAACUGAAGUUGAACAUGGUCAGUAUACACCCCUGUGCUUCAGCUUUGCAACAUUUGUUUAACACUUCAAUCCAUUUUCCAGCAAGCCUUCUAUCAGCAGGCAAGAGAUAGGAAACCUGCCAAAGGCUUUAUUCAUGACAGAAUAAACAACAUACGGAAGCAGGAGGCAAAGAUGAAGACCAAGGGAAAGAAAGCAAAAAGUUGUUUUGUCACUACAACUGAAGAUGAAGACAUGACAGUGACAGCCACUACACUGACAGCCACUAGUGAGCUGGAGGACGAUACCUCACCUGAAGAAGCUGAACAGAUGAUUUCAUGGCUACGCCACAACAUCGCUCCCAAGGAACGGGUGAGAGAGUGCAUGAGGAAGACGGCAAUCAGCAGGUACUGGAACCUGUCAAGCAACCCAGAACUGACCAUAAAAUCGGUUCUUGCAUCCAAUCCAAGGUUGUUAGAUCCUGGUAUGAUUGAACAGGAUUAUGAUUGUUUAUUCGAAAAUGGUAGCCAACUCACCAAACUCUGGGAUGGCUUUUUUGGCAAACGGAUCAUUACAUAUGCCUCAGCUGGUAAGCGUGGCAAUUGGCGUGAGAAGUUAGGUGUCAAAGACGUCCUGAAUGAAGAUGAAGAAAGUGUGGUGGCCCUCCAACUGUUGCCACACAUACUACCACCAAAGCCAAUAAAGUCAUCAAAUGUGGUACAUAGACCAUCAAACUUGGAAGCAGCCAAUGCUUUCAUCAGGUUCAAACAGGCAACAACAAACAUAGCAGCCUUCCUCGACACUGUAGAGGGAGAGGUCCAACCAUUCAUUCUAGCUCUUGGGGAUCGCCAUAAACCAACUCAAUCAUUUGUUAUUGUUGAGCGCAAUGCAGUGGAGCAGACAUCUCUGUUGAAAGCAGUUGACUGCUGCUUCAAGCUUUUCUUUGUUCUGGACAUCGCUUAUCCAGCAAGCUGUCACAUUGUUUGGGAGUUUCUGCAGGAUUUGGUUUACCAAGUGCCUGUCAGAAAGGGGCAAACAGCCAUCAGUAAGAAUGUGACGAGUUUAAGGAAUUAUUUCAAUGUUGCCAAGUAAAUAUGAUGUUGCAUCAAAUAAGCAACUGGUUUUUGAUCUGACCUACUUUUCAAGGUCACAGAGGUAAAUACACAAAACCACUCGAGUGGGAUUUCCGAGGUAUCGGACUACACCCCGAGUGAUGGUCUUUGGCUGGAAACCCCCGAGACUGCAGGAUGUGACGAGUUUAAGGAAUUAUUUCAAUGUUGACAAGUAAAUGUGAUGUUGCAUCAAAUAAGCAACUGGUUUUUGAUUUGACCUACUUUUCAAGGUCACAGAGGUUCUCGGGGGUUUCCAGCCAAAGACCAUCACUCGGGGUGUAGUCUGAUACCUCAGAAAUCCCACUCGAGUGGUUUUGUGUAUGUAAAUUUCUUUCGAUCAUUUUUAGUGAAAAUUUGGGCAAGAAGUUUGAUUUCGGCUGCAACACUGUUUCAACAAUGCAAGUCUGGAUUCGCACGUGUGGUAUCUGGUAUUUUUAUCUCAUGGCCGGACUGACCGCUGUUUCAGUCGGAUUUCCCCGGUCGUUUAUUGUCUUUGAAUAUGCAAUCACUGGCGUUGGGGCUAUCAUAAACCAUCAGUCGUGCUUCGAAAACAGUUGUGGGCUACAUUUGCGCCAAUUUCGGCUGGUUUUGUGGAAUAAUUAUGUUUUGAUACGACAAAACGUGACUUUGUGCACUGGAUUUCACUGACAUCGGGCAUGGGAUAAACGUUUUUCUAUGGCACUGCCAUUUUGCAAGACAGCAUGUUUUGUAACUGCUUUAGCUACAGAUUCCUAACUUGGUACAAAUGUACCCCUUGGUGACCCCUACUCAUGGACCAAACUGGGGUCUUUUAUAGUUCACUGUUUUGCCACCAGGGGGGGGGCAAAGGUCCAAAGUUAAAAUGUUUAAUUGGUCAGAUUUUCACGAAAUUUUGAUGGUAGGUACAUUAGCAAGGGUGCAUCUCAGAACUAAUGGGUUUCUUAUUUGACCUUAUUUUCAAGGUCACAGAGGUCAAAGUCAGCUGAAUCUAUUUGAACACACACGUGAGCACAUGAUUCAUGGACCAUUUCAUCCUGCCAGUGGCAGUUUUGCUAGAUAAAGAACUGUGAGAAAAAAUCUUAGAUUUACAACAACCCUAUCACAGGUGAUCAUUGGAAUCUCAUUAUUUAAGCACAUUUGGAAUUUUGCAAGGUCCUAUUACUGGUAAGAAACAUGCUAUAAAAAUUUGUUGGCUUUGGGCCCAGGAUGCUACUUUUUGGUACUUUGGCAGUUUUCUAACACAACAAGUAAGUUCUUUGAGAAAAUGUUAGUGGUUCCUUAAGAUAUGCAGUAUCUCAAAUCAGAUGUUUCUUAUGUGCAAUGUGCACUGCCUUGGAGUGUAUACCAGUAAAUAUAGAUCCAUACUUUUAAUUGGGAACAAGAUUUACAUAAAUUUUGCCACUCUAUUUUAUUGCUUUUUAGCUCACCUCUUAGCAGAGGUGAGCUUAUCUCAUACCGUGGCGUCCGUCGUCCGUCGUCGUCGUCGUCGUCGUCGUCGUCGUCGUCGUCGUCGUCCGUCGUCGUCCGUCGUCCGUUAGCAGGGCACGUUUCGUAACUGUUAGAGCUAUUGAGUUGAAACUUGGU